AAGACCAUAUCAAUAAAAUUAGUAAUUGAAGGUGGAUUGAUCAAAAAAUACCCAAUGAUCGGCCUAAUGAUGUUUUGUUACACGCUGGAGUAAUCCGUAAUAGGACAGACAAAGAAGAUGUAUCGGUUACGGGUAUACGAAAAAAAAUAUAAAGACUUGAAAUGUCGAGCGGAUAUUUCCUAAGUGUCAACUAUUCUGUGGUAACCACAGACACGAGGAAGUUUGAUCACAAAAUAACAAGCUUAUGCUGUUCAAGUUGUACGGAACAUAUGUGCAAAGUUAUCAUUAUCGAUUGUCUACUUGUCGCCUCAUCACUGUAACGAUGUAGAGUAAGACUUGACCUACACCCGUGAAGGAGCGUGAAGGCUUGCAAACCUCGUGCCCGGAAAACAGGCAAAAGGCACGGCCGAAUCACGCGCGUUUACACCGCAAUUCAGUCUUAUCUUAGAGAUAUCGACUGUAAAAUAUCAGGAGUGUAGAACGGCGUUAUUUCAGGCCCAUGGGUCAAUUUUAGAAUUGGCCUCUCCCUCGGGAGGUUACUUGUUUAGUCAGACCCAAAGCACACAAGCUGACACAAGGCUUUGAUAUUUUCGAGUGGCGUAAAAUUAGUACUGUUGACCUUUCAAGUGGAGUGGUAAAUGAUACAACGAGAUCCAUCACUACGGUGAACACUCAUAACAAACGACCAGAAAUACUAACAAACGGACCAGACCUAGCAAAUCUACAGUCUUAUGACAAAGACCGAUGUUCCGCUAAAAUGACAAGUCCAUCACUCUGACAGGAGCACAAUCAAAGCCACUACCGCCACCACGCGUUAAGCCAAACACCAAACAAAACUGCCCGAACCUUUCUGUACAACUCUAAUCGCAGCGUCUUCUUCGGCUCGAGGCCGAUUCCUGUGGUGGACUCCAAACUUGCGCAAACUCUUCCGUUGCGAUCCUACUCGACAGAUUCUAGUGAGCACGAUGGACUUCCGCCCCGAGGCCUUGACCGGCGAGAGAUAGCGAACGCAGCGGCACUUUGAGAAACUGUCAACCAAACCCGAAGAGAGUGUUUGUAAAUAUCACAUUUAUUGCCAGUUAUCCGAGAUAAGGCUGUCUUUUAUUAAAUUUGGAGAAUACUAAAGACUCGGCUAGGCAAUCCCAUUGGCGGAACCCAAUAGUUGGAUGCAUUCUAAUUAGGCAGUACGUCCCGACAGACUUGCGGGGAAAGGCGAUAGGGGCAAGCGACUCAUGCGAAGUUGACAUAUUUAGGGUGACUCUGUUAGCGCGCGCCUCAGUUGGCAGCCGCUUGUGGGUAACGCUUGAGUAAAUAAAUCUCGGUGUCGGACUUGCUGUAGAUCGGACGAGGCUCGUGCUUUAGAGAGGAACUCUGAUCAAUCCAGUGAAUUAGCACAGCAAUGGGCCUUCCAAGGCUAAACGGGUCAGCGAGCGAUAACAACCAAAAGAAAAAGUACAAGAAAUCCUCCGGCGGAAACAGAACAAGACGUGGAGGAAGCAAGAAUGAUCAGCGAGCGAUAGCUAACGUGAGAGAAAGACAGAGAACACAGGCUCUGAAUGAAGCCUUCAACAAACUACGAAAGAUUAUCCCCACGUUACCUUCCGAUAAACUCUCAAAGAUACAGACUUUACGCUUGGCUUCACGCUACAUCGACUUCUUAUGUCAAGUGCUGGGAAAUAACGAGAAGCACCCGAGCUCUGCGCUCAGUUCGUCCUUUAUUGCGCAUGAAAGACUCUCUUAUGCCUUUAGUGUGUGGCGCAUGGAAGGCGCAUGGUUCCAGCAGCAGUAGCCCUGAGCUGCGAUCUUACUUCGCGUUGUGUUUGGUUUUGCAGACAUCUCAAAACAUGGAGCCUUGGGGACUUGUAUCACGUCGUGUCUAUAUGAGCAGUUAAGUUUUGCUUCACAGCAGUCUGAAGAUGAGCGGAUUCGAGGUCAGAAAAUGGGAUUUAUACAAGCUCUAAAGCGGACUCCACGGUAUGAUUUGGAGUUAAUUCUCUAAGAGAACUCGGAGAACCAUUCCAGAGACAAGACUUCUAUGUAUUGUUGUUGUUGUCGAUGCGAUUUACACGCAGGAAAAGCACAUUUCAAGAUUUAUCGUAGAUAAACUUGGAAGAGACGCUAUCCACAACGAGAACUAAGCUGAGGUUUCUUAACUCAUUGAGUACUUCACGGCACACGUAUACUUGAGUCUUUCAGCUAGCCACUUCAUUUCACUGAUAGUUUCAACAUGGCGAACAUUUGAAUUAUCAGAUAAAUGCGUGUUUUGAGUUGUAUUACACCCAUAAAGACGAUCAGAACAGAAACUACCAGAAACUGAAAGCAAAGCUGCGAUAUAUCACUUCUUACGUUUGUAAAUAUCACAAUAAAACUUUAUGCAAAGACA